CGCUCUGGCCGCUAGUGAGCCGGACCCGGAAGUUCUCGGCCGCGGUCGCCAUCUGGGUGCCCCGGGCAGGGAAGGAGGUGGGGCGGCCGCCCUGGCGCACGGGGGCACCCCCGGGGACUGGCGGGCAGGGACUUGGCCAUGUUGUCCAGCCGCAGAGAACAGACCCGUCUAUUGUAAGCCUUCCCUAAGUUGCUGCCCUUGAAAAGGAAGAAUCCCGGCAUGGAAUCUCCAGAGAAGUCUUAUUUCAAAACUUCAUAAAGAACAAGAGGCACAUGGACGUUUUUGAGGGAGAUUUCCUGGCCUGAGAUUGAGGGAUAGGAUAAGAUAAUGUGUGACCAGCCUGAAACUCAUACCACAGAGGUCAAAUGGCAGAAGGUGCUGUAUAAGCGUCAGCCCUUCCCUGAUAACUAUGUGGACCGUCGGUUCCUGGAAGAGCUCCGGAAAAACAUUUAUGCCCGGAAAUACCAGUAUUGGGCUGUAGUGUUUGAGUCCAGUGUGGUGAUACAACAGCUGUGCAGUGUCUGUGUUUUUGUGGUUAUCUGGUGGUACAUGGACGAGGGUCUUUUGGCCCCUCAUUGGCUGUUAGGGACUGGCCUGGCAUCUUCAUUGAUUGGAUAUGUUCUGUUCGAUCUCAUUGAUGGAGGUGAAGGGCGGCAGAAGAGUGGGCGGACCCGCUGGGCUGACCUGAAGAGUGCCCUUGUCUUCAUUACUUUCACUUACGGGUUUUCACCAGUGCUGAAGACCCUGACCGAGUCUGUCAGCACAGACACCAUCUAUGCCAUGUCAGUCUUCAUGCUGUUAGGCCACCUCAUCUUCUUUGACUAUGGUGCCAAUGCUGCCAUUGUAUCCAGCACGCUGUCCUUGAACAUGGCCAUUUUUGCUUCUGUCUGCCUGGCUUCACGUCUUCCCCGGUCCCUGCAUGCCUUCAUCAUGGUGACGUUUGCCAUCCAGAUUUUUGCCUUGUGGCCCAUGUUACAGAAGAAACUGAAGGCACGCACUCCCCGAAGCUAUGUGGGGGUUACACUGCUUUUUGCGAUUUCAGCCUUUGGAGGCCUGCUGUCCAUCAGCGCUGUGGGAGCCAUACUCUUUGCCCUUCUGCUGGUUUCCAUCUCGUGUCUCUGCCCUUUCUACCUCAUUCGCCUGCAGCUCUUUAAGGAAAACAUUCAUGGGCCUUGGGAUGAAGCUGAAAUCAAAGAAGACUUGUCCAGGUUCCUCAGCUAAUUUAGGACUUCCAUGAUAUUAAGCCAGGCUGAUAGAUUAACACCCUGCCAGUAUAAAGUGUGAAGGUAGAGUUCCAGUCUGGAAGCAGCAGGUUGAUGUGGGUGAGAGUGGAGAUCAGAAGAGAAACAAAUUAACCAAAGGCUUGUGUGGUGAAGGUGCUUGUCCUUUCUGCUGUUCUGUAGAUGGAAAAGCUCUCUGGUUCCCUUUUAAAUUAUUGCCUCUCAUUUAUUAUUUGCAGCAACAAAUGAAGUGACAUGGUUUCUACUUAUUAAAAAAGUAACACCACAUCCA